AUGGAGCUUCCCUUCCUAAAUGCAUAUUUGGAGUCAGUUGGAGUACCGAAUUUUCAAAAAGGAUGCAACUUUGCAGCUGCAGGAUCAACUAUACUUCUAGCAACAGCAACAUCAGUUAGCGCAUUUUCGUUUGGGGUUCAAGUGAAUCAGUUUUUAAGAUUCAAAGCUCGGGUUCUUGAAUUGCUGGCCAAAGGUAAGAAAUUUGAUAAAUACAUCCCAGCAGAAGAUUAUUUUGGGAAGGCGUUAUACAUAACUGAUUUAUCAAAGCUGGAUGAGCUCGGAUGUGUAAGUGGGCAUAAUCAAGCAGCUAAACUUUUAAAUUUGCAGCUUCAUGCUCUCACUAAAAAGCUGCAAGGCCAGUAUGCGGAUUCAAAUGUCACAUAUGUUGAUAUUUACACAAUAAAAUCCAACCUCAUUGCUAAUUAUUCUCGAUACGCUCCAGUUUGUGUUGUUGCUAGUGUUAGUAUGCCAUGCUCAAUCAUGUUUCGAGCUACUUCUGUUGUAGAAUGA